UUUUUUUUUUUUUAAUUGAUUUUAGGAGUAAAUAUUAGGCUUUUAUCCUUAUUAUCAUAUGAAAAAAAGGCUGAUUUCAUACGAGAUAUUUACAUUGCGAAAACGUAUAUAUAAUCUGGUAUACAUCAGCAAAUUUUUUAUUAAAAAAAAAUUCCUAAGCAACUAUUCACUUUUCUCAUCAUGAAAUUUUCCAUUCCUUUAAUCAUUGCCAUAAUUUGUAUUGUGGCACUUGAGCAAAUUGAAGCAUUUAAUGUUACAAUCGGUGUAUUUGUGUUUUGGACGCAAUGUAAAUUUUGGGCUACAGAUCAAUAUGACAAUACUGUAAUGGAUACUGGAUGGAUGGAUUGCGAAACAGGAGAUCCACAUUUAACAUAUCAUAUUCGAGAUGUACAAGCUAAUCCAUUCUGGCUUCAUGCAAAGGUUAUGGGCAGCAUGAGAAAAGUAAAACAUAGAGGACCAUUUAGCGGGGAUACCUGCUUUAAAUUUAAGGGAGAUGUUGGCAAUUGGAAAUUUGAUCAACAAGACUGGUCAUUUUGCGAAAACAAUUCUCAAGACUAAUUAAUUUAAUUAGUGUUUAAGUUUUAUUUGUCUUAUAUUUACUUUAUCUUUCGAUUAUUCCAAUGUUGAACUAAUGAAAGUAUUACUAUUUGGUUUAUUAAUUAACUUUAGUUUUAUUAAUUUAAUAUUCUUAAUUUAGUCUUUGUUUUUGUAUUCAAUUAUCAUGUUUUUGUAUUAAAUUAUCAUGCUUUUGUAUUCAAUUAUUGUGUUUUUGUAUUCAAUUGUUGUGUUCUGUAUUCAAUUAAAUUCUAUUGGUUAAUUAACUAAAA